AUGAUGCGCACCAUACUGUUAAGUCUAGUAACUGUCUCAGCUAUUGAUAAUAACUAGCUAUUCUAUAAUGGCUAAAGAUCUGUUUGGACUAUUGAAUGGGCUGAGGAAAGUAGCCGUCGCCUUCUCGAGUGAGAUAGGCUCAGAGUUGCAAGCUAUAUCCAGGAAAGCCAGUGCCAUCCUUGUGCCCCAGUCCCGAUCCCUUAAACAACAAGAUGCCAAAACAACAAAUGAAGUAAUAUCUGAAGAUGAAGUUGUUGAAAAGAGCCAGCUUGCUAAAGAGUUCGAGGAGCUCACAAAAUAUCAGCAGUCCACGAGCGGACCCCCCACUAACAGACCCCCUACCAACGGACCCCCCACCAACUCUAAACGCUAUCACACAUGGUCAGCAUGUUGGAGAGUGGGUAGUCGCCGUAGUCUCCACACGUCAGCAGUAAUGAGAGGUGGUGUGACUAGUGAUACUAUAGACGCUGGGAGGAGUAAACGGAGGAACAAAAAACAAAAGAUCCAUCACAGAGCUCGUGAGAGGGCGGUGCCUGCGUCUAGGCUCAGUAGAUUAGUCAGUUUUGGAGGUCUGGCCGCGGGACUAGGACUGGGUACAGCAACAGAGGUGGCUAAGAGAGCGGUGGGUCUCUCACAGGAAGUGGGCGGGGCUAACAUUUCCAGUGCCUUCCUUAGCGAGGGGAACAUGGAACGUAUCGUCAGCACUUUAUGUCGUGUGCGUGGAGCUGCUCUCAAGAUUGGUCAGAUAAUUAGUUUGCAAGAUGGGUCGCUAGUACCAGAGCCGAUGCAGGAAGUGUUUGAGAGAGUGAGAAAUAACGCUGACUUUAUGCCGACUUGGCAACUUGAGAGUGUUCUUGUGAAUGAGUUGGGUAAAGACUGGCGUAGCAAGGUGGAGGUGUUUGAACCACACCCACUAGCAGCUGCCUCCAUAGGACAAGUGCAUCGUGCAGUCUUGAAGGACGGGAGAGAGGUGGCCAUGAAGAUACAGUAUCCUGGAGUGGCUCAGAGCAUUGACAGUGACAUUGAUAAUCUGAUGGGUGUGCUCAAGGUGUGGAAUAUACUGCCUGAGGGCCUGUUUGUGGAUGAUGUCAUAGCAGUGGCUAGGAGAGAGUUGGCCUGGGAGGUUGACUAUGAGAGAGAGGCGGAGUGUGGGGAGCGGUUCAGGGAGCUGUUAGCAGAUGACCCUCGGUUUGGUGUGCCUACUAUAGUGCCUGAACUGUCUACCAAACGUGUGCUGACUGCAGAGCUGAUUCAUGGUCUUCCAUUGGACCAGUGCCACCAUCUCCCUCAGACACUCAAGAACGAUAUAUCUGAGCGCAUUAUUAGCCUGUGUCUAAGAGAACUAUUUGAAUUCCGGUUCAUGCAGACAGACCCAAACUGGUCCAAUUUUUACUUCAAUGAGACUAACAAUAAGAUCUUCCUGCUGGACUUUGGUGCAAGUAGGGAGUAUUCGAACCAGUUCACAGACAAAUACGUCAAGGUGAUCCAUGCGGCAGUCAUGGGGGAUAACGAGCGUGUUAUUGAACUCUCUAAGAAUAUCAAUUUUAUCACUGGCUACGAAAGCAAGGCCCACAUUGCUGCCUAUCUCGACUCUUUGCUGAUCCUUGGAGAGCCCUUUCGUAGUGACACAGUGUUUGACUUUGGUAGCCAGGAUACAACAGCGCGUGUCCAACGACUACUACCCUCCCUCCUCUACGAUCGACUGACUCCACCUCCUGAGGAAUGCUACUCUCUCCAUAGAAAGAUGGCCGGCUCCUUCCUGCUCUGCGCUCGGCUGCAAGCAAAGUUCAACUGCUAUAAUGUCUUCCAGAAAGCUGUGGACAAUUACCAACAAUCAACUCUCUUAGCCUAGUAGAGUGUGUUUGAACUGUGUAUUCAUUUUAUGUGUGUCCCCCAAGUGUCA